AUGUCUCGCUCGUUCCGCCGCUCGAAUCCCAUCACCCUCGUCCUCGCCGCCAUCCUCUGCCUCGGCUUCCUCGUCUUCUUCUUCUCCGGCCCUGAUGUCCCCUCGCUGGCCAGGAAGACGGGCGCCGCCGAUACCGCCUCGAGCCCCUUGUCCCCGCCCUCGCUGCCCUUCCGCAAGUCCAAGCCGAACGCUCCCCACGCCGUCCCGCCCGUCGUGCACUACUACAUGAACAACAUCACCACCUCGCGCACCCCCAUGGAGAACGAAGAGUCCGUCCUGAUCCUCACCCCCAUGGCCCGCUUCUACAACGCCUACUGGGACAACCUGCUGAAGCUCUCCUACCCCCACCACCUCAUCUCCCUCGGCUUCAUCAUCCCCAAGACCAAGGAGGGCAACGCCGCCUAUGCCGCCCUGCAGGCCCACGUCACAAACACCCAGUCCGGCCCCAAGGCCAAGCGCUUUGCCGCCGUCUCCAUCCUGCGCCAGGACACGGAGAUUCCCCUGCAGUCCCAGGAUGAGGCCGAGCGCCACAAGAUGCACAACCAAAAGGCCCGCCGUGCCGCCAUGGCCAAGGCCCGCAACUCGCUGCUCUUCACCACCCUGGGCCCCACCACCUCGUGGGUUCUCUGGAUCGACGCCGACGUCGUCGAGACCCCGCCCUCGCUCAUCCAGGACCUCACCGCCUACGACGUGCCCAUCAUCGCCCCCAACUGCUUCCAGCGCUACUACAACGACGACAAAAAGGCCAUGGACCAGCGCCCCUACGACUUCAACAACUGGAUCGACAGCUCCACCGCAAAGGAGCUGGGCGCCAAGAUGGGCAAGGACGACAUUUUGCUCGAGGGCUACGCCGACAUGGCCACGUACCGCAGCCUGAUGGCCUACAUGUACGACGCCUCGGCCGACGCGGGCGCAAAGGUCAAGCUCGACGGCGUCGGCGGCGCAACCCUGCUGGUCAAGGCCGAGGUGCACCGCGACGGAGCCAUGUUCCCCCCGUUUGCCUUUUACCACCUCAUCGAGACCGAAGGCUUUGCCAAGAUGGCCGCCCGUCUGAACUGGGAGAGCUACGGUCUGCCCAACUACUUGGUCUAUCACUACAAUGAGUGA